GAGCCCGGCGCCGUCUCCCCGGUGACCGGCGGAGCCGCUGCCUCGGCGGAGCAGCCACUGCCCUGGGGGACGGAGGACUUCAUCAGGUGAAGGAGUGAUACUCUUGAAACAUGACAAAAAGCUGGACUAAAUAAAAGUUUUCCUAUUGCAGGAAUAAAAUCCAAAAUGUAUAGGCCGGGGGAAACGGUCAAACGUCGACUCAACAUGCAUGCUCCUCCACGGAUAAGGAGUGUGGAAGUUGCUAGAGGAAGAGCAGGUUAUGGGUUUACCCUUUCUGGACAAGCUCCUUGUGUUCUUAGUUGUGUGAUGAAAGGAAGCCCUGCAGAUUAUGUUGGACUUAAAGCAGGAGAUCAGAUAUAUGCAGUUAAUGAAAUUAAUGUGAAGAAAGCCUCUCAUGAAGAUGUAGUGAAGCUUAUAGGAAAAUGUUCUGGAGUCCUGCACAUGGUCAUUGCUGAAGGGAUUAGUCAUCUGGAUUCAUGUUCGAGUGAUGAAGAAGUUGGUUUUUAUGAUGGGAAGGGGUGGCUGAAACCCAAACCUGACUCUAAAGCUCUGGGUAUAAACAGAGCAGAGAAGGUUGUUGAAGAAAUGCAGUCUGGUGGCAUCUUCAACAUGAUCUUUGAGAAUCCUUCUCUUUGUGCUGGUAACUCAGAUAAUUCUGCACCAAAACAAAGAUCAUUUUCAGUUUCUGCUGCUAUGAAAUUCGAAACUGGCAAUGAAAGUGUAAGCAAUCCAAACUUAAUGUCAAAGGAAGAAAUAGCCAAAGUCCUGAACGAUGAUUCAGUUUUUAGACUUGGACUGGAGGGCGCAGAAGACUUUGGAUUAGACGCAAGCAUUUUAAAUGUUGCCAUGAUCGUAGGUUACCUGGGCUCAAUCGAACUUCCUUCAACAACCUCGAAUUUGGAAAACGAGAGUUUGCAGGCUAUCCGUGGAUGCAUGAGACGUCUGCGGGCGGAACAGAAAAUCCAUUCCCUGGUGAUGAUGAAGAUAAUGCAUGACUGUAUCCAGCUCUGCAGUGACAAAUCGGGUGUUGUGGCAGAAUAUCCUGCAGAGAAACUGGCAUUCAGCGCUGUUUGCCCAGAUGAUAGAAGAUUCUUUGGACUAGUUACAAUGCAGACAAACGAUGAUGCAAGCUUGGCGCAGGAAGAUGAAGGAGUUCUGAGGACAUCUUGCCAUGUUUUUAUGGUGGAUCCUGAAUUAUUUCAUCAUAAAAUUCACCAGGGUAUAGCAAGACGUUUCGGACUGGAAUGUACAGCGGAUCCAGAUACAAAUGGCUGUCUAGAGUUUCCAACAUCAUCUCUACCUGUUUUGCAGUUUAUUUCUGUCCUGUACAGGGAUAUGGGGGAACUGAUUGAGGGAAUGCGUGCAAGGGCUUUUCUUGAUGGUGAUGCAGAUGCUCAUCAAAAUAAUAGUACAAGCAGCAACAGUGAUAGUGGAAUUGGAAAUUUCAACCAAGAAGAAAAGAGUAAUAGGGUUCUGGUGGUUGAUUUAGGGACCAAUCCGAGUAAACACAUUCCUAACAGCCUCUGGGAAAAUCCAGUAGGAAGGGGACAAAAUCAACCUGCUUCCCAUUGGAAUGGCUUCUGUCACGAGCAAGAAGGAAGCAUUCCUUUAGAGGUAAUUCAGAAUGAUAAGUCCCAGAAUGUAAGCAAACACUUAAGUCCUUCUGCUCGUAUCGAGGUGCCAUUGGUUUCCUCCCGAAAUUCAGUACCCCCCUCAAAGAAAAAUGCUGCAGGCACAGGCAAUCAGAGGUGGUUGCCUGUGCAUGUGUUACAAGAGUGGCAGCAUGGAAAUGCCAGCGACCAGGAAUCGUACACGGAUUCUACGGACGGCUGGUCAAGUGUUAACUGUGGAACGCUCCCCCCACCAAUGAGUAAGAUUCCAGCUGACAGAUACAGAGUUGAGGGCAGCUUUGGUCAGCCUCAGCUAAAAUCUCACAAAAAUGAAUGGUCUAAGAAGAUGUUUUGCAUUCAGAACAAAUUUGGCCCUCCACACAGUAUUAGGAAAUCUAAAGAAGAUAAAAAGGCUGCAAAAUUUGGACAUUCAAUGGGAUUAAAUCAGGCUCCUCCCCCGCGUUCUUCUGCUCGAAGAUCAUUUGGAAGAUCCAAGCGAUUUAGUAUUACUCGCUCUCUGGAUGACCUUGAGUCAGCAACUGUUUCUGAUGGAGAGCUGAAUAGCACUGAAUUAAAAGACUGCAUCAGUGAGAACAGCCUCAGUAGCAAUGCCAGUCUUCCCAGUGUACAGAGCUGUCGACGACUUCGAGAAAGAAGAGUUGCAAGUUGGGCUGUUUCAUUUGAGCGUCUUCUCCAGGAUCCUGUUGGUGUUAAAUAUUUUUCGGAGUUUCUCCGGAAAGAAUUUAGUGAAGAAAAUAUUUUAUUUUGGCAGGCCUGUGAAUAUUUUAACCAUGUACCUGCACAUGAUAAAAAAGAGCUUUCUUACAGAGCUCGGGAGAUCUUCAGUAAAUUCUUGUGUAGCAAAGCUACAACCCCAGUUAAUAUCGAUAGCCAGGCACAGUUGGCAGAUGAUAUUCUCAAUUCUCCACAUCCUGAUAUGUUCAAGGAACAGCAGCUUCAGAUAUUUAACUUGAUGAAGUUUGAUAGCUAUACUCGCUUUCUCAAAUCCCCCCUUUACCAAGAGUGCAUCUUAGCAGAAGUAGAAGGACGUGCCCUUCCUGAUCCUCAGCGUGUUCCCAGCAGCCCCACUUCUAAACACAGCGUCAGUUCAGAGAAGUCCAAUAUCUCGACACCAAAAAAGCUGAGUGGUAAAUCAAAGUCAGGAAGAUCUUUAAAUGAAGAGUCGGGAGAGGAGGACACUGAAAAGAAGAAAAGGGGAACGUUCUUCUCAUGGUCGAGAAGUAAGAGUUUGGGAAAAUCACAGAAGAGAAGAGAAAAUGGUGAUUAUCCAAACGAUUCUUUUCAGUCCAAUGGAUUGUCAUACAGACGGGAAUCACAAGGCUCCAUGUCUUCAACUGCUAGUCUUGACUUGUCUGAAACCUCAAGAUUGCCUGCAUUUGUACCAGAUAAAGAGAAAUCCCCCAAAUACUGCUGUGUAAACCUUCCGGAUGGUUCAUCCAGCAAAAUGGCUGUUAAAUCUGGAUUCUCCAUCAAAGAGGUGCUAUCUGGGCUCUGUGAGAAGCAUGGCAUUAAUAUAGCUGCAGUGGACCUUUUUUUAGUUGGAGGUGAUAAGCCACUGGUUUUGCACCAAGACAGUAGUAUCCUGGAGUCUCGGGAUCUACGUUUAGAAAAACGCACUUUAUUUCGGCUGGAUCUUGUUCCAAUCAAUCGGUCAGUUGGUUUGAAGGCUAAACCCACCAAACCAGUAACAGAGGUCUUAAGGCCUGUGGUUGCAAAAUAUGGUUUAAAUCUUAAUGAACUUGUGGCAAGACUAAAUGGUGAGCAGGAACCACUUGAUCUUGGUGUCCCUAUAUCUAAUCUGGAUGGUCAGCGGGUUGUUCUAGAUGAAAAAGAACCAACAAAAGGGAGAGAGAGACAAAAAGCUCAAUUGGUAAAACAGACUGCAGUUGUAUCUAGUUCAAGAAGUCAAGCAUCUACUGGAGAGGGAAGAACUCUAGGAAAAUCUAAUUCUAUCAAAAUGAAAGGCGAAAAUGGAAAAAAUGCUAGGGAAGUCCGGCUGUCAAAGAGAGAAGACUCUAUUGCAAAGAUUGGAAAAAAAAAAUGUCAGAAAAUUAAUUUGGAUGAAGCAGAGGGACUGAGUAAAACAUUAACAUAAUUUGAAAACUUCAGAAUUCGAGACUUUCACAUUUUAUUUUGAAUUUUGUGAAAUUUGUCAGAGUUUGGAAAAUGCGUACCAAAUGUUGUAGACUGGUUUUUAAUGAAAAAAAACAAACAAACAACUGUCCUAUGAACUUUGAAAUUUCAGAAAGAAACAUUUUUGUGUGACACAUCUUAGAAAUGUUGCAUGUUUUAAUAUGCCUACCGCCAUUUUUGCAAAACUUUGGCAAUAAGAAGCAUUUGGAAGCUUCCGUCUUGUCUACCUUCAGAUUUUAUGGCAUUUGACAAAGCAUGUUGAGAAGUCAUUUUUACAGAUACAUUGCAAAGCCUGCCAAAUAUGAAUAGAGGAUUAGGAAUAAGGUCAUACAAGUGCAAGUGUAUGACUUCACAUUAUGCUAAGUUAAAAGUGAUGUUAACAUUCUCUUGCUUGGUUUUGUAAUGGCUUUUGCUUCAAACAAUAUUUAUAAGCUGGAUUGAAACUAUUGAUCUUAAUUAACCUGUUGGAGAUGGCCUUUUUAAGCAUCUUUUAAUAUUCAGUAGUUAAAGUGCUCUCUUCUUGAAAAAGUAGGACAUGCAGAGACCCUAUAUUAAGAAUUACAUAUUUUUAUAUGUAUAUGUUUUGUACCAAAGAGUUUUUUUAUUGUUGCGAUGCUUCUUUUUUGAGGAGUGGUAUAAAUCUUGGUUUAUAAUUGAUACGUUUCUUGUUGCCAAGUUUUGAAACUUUCUAGAACAGUGUUGAUUUACUAUGAGUAUUAUUUAUAUAUAGAAAGAUAUUAAACCAUUGGAUAUCAUUAAGGACAUGAUCAGAAAAUCACUUCUAAUUGCGUUAAAACCUCAAUAAAAAAGCUGCCCCAUCGCUUUUGGUAAUGGUUCCUUGAUGGUUAUUGACUACCUGUAAGCUACUGAUCCAUUUCAGCACCAAGCAAAAAUGGGGUUACCUAAAUCAUCAUCUGAUCAUACCCUGUGAUGAUAACAUCCUGGUUUAAAACUACACCACGAAUUUAAUUUAAGCUGUGAUAAAAUAUAAUUAAACUGAGAGAAAUUCAAUAUAAUAAGGAAGUUCGCAACAUUCUGAGUCUUUGAAUGUUCAAAUGGCAUGGCUAUUUUUGAGUUAAGAUGGGUAAAACCCAUCCAGAAUAUAAAAACGUGCACCCAUUGUCUGUAAGACCGGAGCCUUGUUUUGUAUAAAGAAUUAAAAAAAAUCCUGUGUGUGUGUACAGAUUUAUUAACUGCGUAAAAUAGAAGAUGUGUUCAAGGCUCAGUGAAUUGCAGCUGUUCUAAACUGCAAAACUCUUACAAUAGCAAUGCUGAUGGUCUUAAUUAUAGUGAUGCUAGUGAACAUUGCUGCAAUUGAAAAAGUUCCUAAUUAACAUGGGAUCUUAUUUCAAGGCAGCAUUGACAGAAUUGAAGAUCUUCAUGGAAAAUAAAUGUGCUGAAAAUGUACGUUUUAAUGGCAUUGCACUUUCUGACAAAAACUUGUCAAUUUUGGGUUUUUCCCCAAUAGAAUUUUUUGAACUCAUAUCCAAAGCACAAAGUAACAGAGCAGAUGACCAACGUGGACUGCUAAGGAAAGAAGACCUUGUUCUUCCUGACUUUCUUCGUUUACCACCCACUGGGCCAGAACCAUCCUCAUCUACUCCCGCAGGUCCUAAAGGCUUCAACAAGCGAGUUUCAAAAAAUGAUGGCAGUGAUGGAUGUACACCACCAAGUGCAAAACAGGAGUCCAUACAAAACUUUAAUGAAAAUUCAGCUAAGAAAAUGGGUUACUCAGAAAAUAAACAUAAAUCUGCCUUGGCAGCGCUCCACAGUCAGAAGACUUUUGUCGUUCCUUUUAGUCCUCCAUUGUCUCCCAUUCCGCAUGCACAGGAAAACAAUGCAGCAGUGUGGAAAAGGCAGUCAAGAGAAUUACAAGCCGAAGGCAUACAGAUGGUAGAUGAUGACAAUGUGGCAGACUUGACUCUUGUGGCUGAAGGAGAUAUUAGUAGCCCUAACAGCACUUUGCUACCACCGCCACCACCGACACCACCGUCAGACAUCAGUAAACUCACAGAAGCCAACUAUCCACCCCCAACUCCUUUUGCAGGUAAUCAGGAAAAAUCUGGAUAUCAGAGAUCCAAUUCAGGUAUUUCUAGAUUUUAAUAGUCUUUCCUUUUAUGUAAAACUACUUUUCCUUGGCACUGUUAAUCAGUAUUUGGCACCCAUUAAAAUAAGAAAGAAAAUUCUCUCUGCACCUUAUUUUUUUUUUACAAAAAAAAAAAAAAAAGGAAAAAAAGAUUUUAAUUGCCUUAGUCUGUGCUAACUGUAAUAUUUCUGGUUGCCUUUAACAAUGUACUUUUGUUUGGAUUUGGCAUGUGCCCAGAAAUGGACACAUGCAGACAAACGUUUGAAACAUAUCCAUGUGCUAUAAUUAUCUCAUUCACCCUCAGAGUACAAAACAGGGUGUCAGCAUUCUGAGCUCCAUAGCGCUGUUGUGUUCCAGAUUUUCUGAUCCAUUUCUCAUAAUGAGAUACAUGAUUAGGGUUUGGAAGUUUAAGUACUUUAGCAAAAACCCUAAUUAUGUGCUGAAAUUGCAGUACUGUUCAUGAUUAAAAUCUUAAAUGGAUAAACCUCAAUUUAAAAAAUAUUUCUCUAAUAAAUUAGAUAUUUGUGACUAAAAAUAAGAAUGCUAUUUUUUUUAACCCAUACUUUGCUACACAGAGAAAUAGAGUGCAUCUAUCACACUUCCUCCCAGAAUAUUCACAUGUCAAAUAGCUCUUUCUAUUAGAUAAUUUUAAAGGAAAUAUGUAACUUUUUCAGGAUAUAAGUUUCAUGUUCUAGCAGUAUCACAGAGCAAUAUUAGCCCAAGGCUGAAGUAUGGAAUUUCUUUAUAAACACGGACUCUAAUAAUAAUUGCUCUUAUCAGAAACAAGACUUUGAAGACGAUGGGUGUCAUGACAUUGACAUUUUACAGUCAUUGUACUGUACAUUUUAAUGUAAAAUAUAAGAAGAGGUAUCUAUGUGCUACAUUUAUUUUUGAUGUUUCACAAACAUAUGGUGCCAUAAUUUGUAUGAUCACAUUUCUUUGUGAUGUGGGAAUAUACAUUUUAAUUAUUUAUCUUUUUACACAGAGUAUUUGAUACUGUUCUUUAUCUGUAUGGUUAACGAUUUGUAAAUACUUCUUUGGUUGUUGGAUGCUUAUAAAUGGCAAUGCAAAUUAUUUCAUCCUCUUGGUAUUUUAAAAACAAAUUCCUUUAUUAGUAGUAUUUGAGAAAUGUUCUAUAAGUGCUACCACUUAAUUUCUGAAACUGAGUAUUGGACGGACUUGUAACCAGUGCCUAUGGAUAACAGAACCACGAAAUGUACUUUGGACAUAUUGAUGUAUAUAUGCAUAGAUUUGUGUUGGUGUCUUUCUGAUAAUAUGACAAGUGUACAACAUAGGUAUCAAUUUGCAUAUUUUUCAGUGAGAACUGUUAAAAAAAAACCAUUUGCACUUAAAAAAAAACUUCAUGAAUUUACAAUAUUUUAAUGCAUGCCCUACAUUUCUGUGUAACCACUGAGCUGUAGCUUUCCCUUUUCCCACUUUCUACUUUUUACUUUGUAGAAAUCUUUGUGUAGUUUUCACAUGUAUUUUGUAUCUUUGUUCUCUCAGGAGUAAUAAAUUCUAGGCCUAGUUACACAAA